CGAGAUUCGGGGCUUCUAACCUCAUGGAUUUCAAGGUGAUUAUGCCCUCGUCCGUCCGGCAUGUUCCGCUUUAUCUACCAAACCCCGGUGUUGAUUCUUACUCUAUAGAUGUCGGAAACUAUAAAAAUACUAAUCUAAGAAGCCGUGCAUCCUGGCAGUCAUGGUUGAGCCUCGAAUCUGUAACGACCAUUCCUAAUUUUAUAACGAGAAUAGCCCGCGGGCAUGCAGUUCGGGUCGAAAAAGCUUACUCGAAGCGCCCAGCCUCUAGCUUGCACAACUAAGCCCCUAAACUGAACCACCAAGACCCCAAAGACGUAUACAGCAAAUGUCAAGCCACCAAUUCUUUCCACAAUUUCCUCGACUACCUACAGAGAUUAGGCGCCUAAUUUGGCUUCAUGCUCUGCCUCGAGGACGAAUCCAGCUGUUUGCUAAGAAUGUGCCUUGGGAAAACUGGCGUCUUCUACCGCCCGUGGUUGCCCACGUUUGCCGAGAAUCACGAGAAGUGGCUUUGAACUACUCAGUUGUACGAGGUUUCCCUACCGCAGAAGAUGUUGACACGACUACGUGGUUCAUCGGGUCUCGUGAUAUACUUGAGCUUCACAGCGGCUAUCCUUACCCGUUAUCCAACCCGGAGCCUUUCUUCUCCGCAGCUGAGAGGCUAGCGAUUAACGCGGGAGACUUCGAGGGCGAGAUCAAAGUUGUGAUCAAGGACCUCGUAGAAGGCCAACGGUUUCACAAUGUGAAGGUGGUAUACCUUAUCGUCGAGCAGAUCGAGACGGCGUACUGGCCCAGGUUCCGGCCGGAUAUGACGGAACAGGAUAAGGGGAAGGGGACAGUCCUUGACUUGUGCAGCGACGAAGACCAGAGGAAAAUAGAUGGUUACAAGGCAUGGGCACGUUUCCAAGAGAUGUCACCGGUCUUUCCCCAACGCCAGGACGUGGAACUCAUCCUUAGAUCGAGCCUGGAUAAGAUCAUACUAGAAGAAAUCUGUCGCUACCACGAGCGUUUGUUACAGGUUGGAUACAGCGAGGAAGAUGCAAUAACGUCAUUCCCAACAACUACUCCCAUUACCCCCGAUCAUCCUUGGAUUCUUCAACAGUGGAGACGCUUACCGGAGUUCCGGCCGGCAAUAUUGAUUUUAGGAUGGAGGUGAAAGAUUAGGUAUUUACCUCCUAAGGUUGGAUAGAAUAGAAAAACGGAUAUAGGGGAUGGUGAAGCAACUCGUCCUCACCUAUUAGGAUUGGAUAUGUCUCUCAUAAAACAACCUUUCCCUCAAAUGAUGGGGUUUCAUAUUAUUUCUAGAACCCACACUAAUAUAAUAAGAAGGUGGAAUAAGUUGG